AUGAGUGGAAUCAAUGUGAAGAAGCUCAAAGUCAACGAGCUGAAGGAGGAGCUUCAGUUGCGAGGCCUGGAUACUCGUGGGCUGAAGGCGGAUCUUGUCGUAAGGUUGCAGUCGGCACUUGAGGCCGAGGCUGCAGGUGAAGGGGACGGGCCACCGAGUGCCGAUGUUGGAGAGGAGGGGGAUGAGCAACACAAUAUUUGUGGAGACGCUGGAGAUGGUGAUGGCCACUCCGAUGAAGGUACACAUAUUGGGGGUUCAAAGUGUAUGUAGACAGUUGUAAGAUUGCACCAAUACAGCCACGUCCACUGUUGUUCACAGAUUUGUCGUUUUCAAAGGGAUGGUACUGUUUGUUUCAACGUGACUGGUGGGCUGUCAAUUGUAACAUGCAGAUGAAACUGCUGUACUACUCCAAAUAUGUAAAACAAGCAGCUUGUGAUACUGACACUGUUUUCCUUACUAGUUAAAGAUGAUGGGGAAGAAGAACAAGAUAUUGAGGACAAUGAAGUACAGUUCGUCCCGCAGGCAGAAGAGAAACAGUUUGAUGAGGCGAAUGGUGAUGGUGAACAGAGUGAAGAAGACCGCCAGGAUGGGGCACAGAUGUAUGGUCAAGUCCCUGCAAUGGGAUAUGGGAUGGUCGAUUUCACAGAAGAUGUGAUGAAGCCACAGAUUCCGCAGGCGUGUGAGUCAGACAAAAGACAAGAGCCACAGUUAGCAAUGCCAGAGCCGCAGGUGCUAGAAGCAGAGAUGGAGGAACCAGAUAUGGAAGAACCGGAGAUGGAAGACCCAGUGCAACCAGAGCCAGUGCAACCAGAACCACUGGAGUCGGCAUCAAUUGAGCCUGAAGCAAAGCCUGUGGAGAUGCCUGAAAUUAAGCCAGGUCAGUAAUAACUUGUUCAUGCUUAGUAUAUUCUCUCAAUUCACACUGUUGCUUAAGCAGUAAUUAUUGACAACAUUGUCGUCUUUGUUGCAGAGGAGUUUGUGAUGAAAGCGGAGUUGAAAAAGGAGCAGGAGCAGUUGAAGGAAGAGAAGGAGCCACAGCAGCCAAAGGCUCAUCUUUCAGAGCCAGCCAAUGAAUGGGAGGCUGAGCAGGCGACCCAGGCCAAAACGGAGGAUGACCGAUACAGCCGUAAGAGGCCAUACGAUGAAGGCCGUGGCUAUGGAUACUAUGAACAUCGGGAAGAAAGAAGGUACAGUAUAUAUGUGUUGAAAAACUUUUCUAAGUGGAACAAGUUUGAAAUAGGGAUGGGGAUUUAAAAUUAAUUUCACUAUUCGAAUACUAACAUGAAUUAUAGUCGAAUAUCCAGAUAUUUGAAAUGCAAGUUUUUAACCUGAGCAUGCUGCGCAAGUGAAAGGCUGGAUCUCUAUUGCUGCAUCUGCGGAGGUGCCUGUGAGAUUGGAGCGAGCAGAUGGAGGCAUAGAGAGAGAAUACUUGAGUACAGCCAAGACUACCUAACUUGUAGCAGCGACAAUGUUAUUUAUCAUCCAAUCUAACAGUGCCUGUCUUGACUGGAGUAGCCUAGAGAAGCUAGCUAGGCUAAUUGAGGCCACAUUUUGCGCCUUCUCCCCAACCCCAUUUGGCUAAAUCAACAGCCUACCUGUUGGUUGCUUGUUGUAGCCUACUCAUUCUAAUUUCGCUAACUUUUAAUUCUGUCAUUUUAUUCAGUUUUGCAUUGCAUUAGUGAACUCUCACUCCCCUUGCUACACAUUGAGCCUCUUUGCCGCUUUGAUUGGCCAACAUAAACAACAAGCUACAAACGUGAAGGCUACCAGAAUUAUGUUUUAUUAAAUUAAUAAUUUUAAAUGUCAUGGUAUAUCCUUGUAUGACAUAUAUUAUAAUUUAAUUCAGAAAAAGCAUUUCCAGUGUUAAAACAGGCCCAUAAAAUGUUUUUGCACAAAAAAAUUAUACUCACACAAGUAUUCCAAUACUAACGCCCGUUCGGAUAUUCCAGUAACCGUGCAUAUCCCUAGUUUGAAAACACUCUUCAGAACUAUACCCCUAGCUUAUGCUCCACUCUCUCGUCACACAGGGCACGUUCUCCCCAGCCUCCAGCAGAGGAAGAGGAAGAAGAUUUUGAUGACACUCUUGUGGCUAUUGAUACUUGUGAGUGAAUGUACUAUGUUUUGGGAUGGUAGUAGGAUUUGUUUGAAUGGUUUAUUUGUUUAAAUGGUUUAUUAUUGACUCUUAAUGAGAUGGUUUUGUUUUUCACAGAUAAUUGCGAUCUGCACUUCAAGGUAUCGCGUGACAGGUAUAGUGGAUACCCGCUCACCAUCGAAGGUUUUGCAUACCUGUGGUCAGGUGCACGGGUUUCCUAUGGCGUCAACAAAGGGCGUGUCUGCUUUGAAAUGAAGGUAGAGUAUUUCCUUUUUAAAUGAAGUUGCAUUUCACUUAGGUGCUUUGCAGAUGGAAUAUUCAGGUUGUUUAUUUUGCUGUUGAGGAGUCUCAUUCGAUUUUUAUGAAUAGUAAUUUGGUGGAUGUUUUUCUUGCCCAGAUAAACGAGGAGAUCUCUGUGAAGCACCUUCCCAGCAGUGAGCCUGAUCCUCAUGUAGUGCGCAUUGGCUGGUCCCUGGACACCUGCAACACACAGCUCGGUCAGUUAAAAAAAAUGCUUCUGUACUUGAGCUGGAACAUUCAGGAUUAUGUCAUAGUUAUUAUCAAUAUUUUAUGUGAUUUGAAACUAACACACAAACUCCUACUUUUACCACUGUACCAGGUGAAGAACCAUUCUCUUAUGGCUAUGGAGGAACUGGCAAGAAAUCUUCCAAGUGUAAAUUUGAGGAUUACGGGGAAAAGUUUGGUGAAAACGAUGUCCUUGGGUGCUACAUUGUAAGUGUUUGUGAUGGUGCAGGAGAUUCACUUAGAUUCAUCUGCCUAAUAGAAGCUAAGUACUCAAUAAGCCUAAACGUUUUCCUCUCCAUGUCUUGUUCAGGACUUCGAUAGCGGUGAGGAAGUGGAGAUGGCCUUCUCAAAGAACGGGAAGUGGUUGGAUGUGGGCUUCCGUGUGUCACGGGAGGAGUUGGCUGAGCGGCCGCUCUUUCCCCACGUUCUUGUGAAGAACUGUGCCAUUGAAUUCAACUUUGGCCAGAAAGAGCAGCCCUUCUUCCCCCUGCCCGAGGGAUACACCUUCAUUCAGAACGUCCCUCUGGAGAACAGGAUGCGGGGAACAGUUGGGCCUGCCACCAAGGCUGACUGUGAGGUGAGUGCCAGCCAUGUUGGAUCGUCAAGUGGAUCAUUUAAAUGUUUUUCUUCAUUAGACUAGAUUGCUUCUGUCAUCAGUAGCUGUGAGAUGCCAUGACCAAUUGCACGUUUGACCCUCUUGUUUUACCUCAGCUGUUGAUGAUGGUUGGCCUGCCUGCGUCUGGGAAAACCACUUGGGCCUUGAAGCACGCGGAGGAGCACCCUGCAAAGAAAUACAACAUCCUGGGCACCAACACCAUAAUGGAGAAGAUGAAGGUCAGUUGUUAUCUUUGUUUGAACACAGAAUCCUUCAGUCUUGGUCUUUAGUGUCAAGUUCCCCUCUAACGUAAUGAAAACCGCCACCCUCAGGUGAUGGGGCUGCGGCGUCAGAAGAACUAUUCUGGUCGCUGGGAUGUCCUGAUCCAGCAGGCCACACAGUGUCUGAACAGGCUGAUCCAGAUCGCUGCCCGCAAGAAGCGUAACUACAUCCUGGAUCAGGUACUGUCUGAUUUCUCACCCCAUACUAUGUUUUUGUGCUCACCCCUACCCACUGCUGUUCACUGAUGCACAUGUCCAUUAAUUGCACUCUGUGAUGCGGUCUCUCUAGUGUAGAGGCCCUGAUCAACAUCUGAACUCCUGGAAGUUAUCACCCUUUUCAUUGUGCUGAACAUGCUGCUGAAAUCAUUCUUUCUGUUUUGCUUAAAUGAAAGCAGUAUUGCAAUUGUAUGUUUUUACUCAAUAUUUUUGGAUUUCCUCUGUAUGACCUGUUGAAAGAGCUCUAAGCUGUACAAAUAGUCCAUGUCUAUAAUAAGAUGUUGAAAAACAAGUAGACACUGCCUGGUGGUGAGUAAGAAAUACACCUUCUGUUCUAUAACUGUAAGAUUAGUUCAAGUUUAAACUCACAUCACAUUUGAUGUAAGAUAGCUGAUUUAUACAUGCUGACAGCAUAUGGAACUUUUGAAUGUUGUAUGUUAAAUAAAUAAAACCUUACGGUAAGUGAACUAACAUGUUUGAAUUUACAGGGCGUUUGCUCAAGUUACUCAAGGUAGGUAAGGUCCUGGACAUUCUUAAGGAUGCCAUGGAGUAAGUGAGUAUUAACAGGUAGGUAGUGUGUGUUGUUAUUGUCAUGAGACAGAUGGACUAUUGACAAAUGGGUAAGUAAAUGGGGACCCUGUUAUUGUAGGUGAAAUAUUACACAACUUUAAAAACAAUUAAUUAUUUGUUAAUUUAAAGAGGUCAUUAUCAGAGCAGUGGCAUAACAAAUACGUGCUCCACAGAGAAUAGUUAGAAAAACAGGUAAUUGAUUGUCCUUAAGGGUUUACCUGGAGAAAAUUUAAUUGAUUUGACAGAUUGUUUUUCUACUGUUUAAUUAUAUGGAAGUGAAUGUGAGCUGUGUGGCAGAAGGGAUUAAUGGGUACAGUGGGGGGAAACAAAAUAUUUAGUCAGCCACCAAUUGUGCAAGUUCUCCCACUUAAAAAGAUGAGAGAGGCCUGUAAUUUUCAUCAUAGGUACACGUCAACUAUGACAGACAAAAAUGAGAUUUUUUUUCUUCAGAAAAUCACAUUGUAGGAUUUUUAAUGAAUUUAUUUGCAAAUUAUGGUGGAAAAUAAGUAUUUGGUCAAUAACAAAAGUUUCUCAAUACUUUGUUAUAUACCCUUUGUUGGCAAUGACACAGGUCAAACAUUUUCUGUAAGUCUUCACAAGGUUUUCACACACUGUUGCUGGUAUUUUGGCCCAUUCCUCCAUGCAGAUCUCCUCUAGAGCAGUGAUGUUUUGGGGCUGUCGCUGGGCAACACGGACUUUCAACUCCCUCCAAAGAUUUUCUAUGGGGUUGAGAUCUGGAGACUGGCUAGGCCACUCCAGGACCUUGAAAUGCUUCUUACGAAGCCACUCCUUCGUUGCCCGGGCGGUGUGUUUGGGAUCAUUGUCAUGCUGAACCACCCAGCCACGUUUCAUCUUCAAUGCCCUUGCUGAUGGAAGGAGGUUUUCACUCAAAAUCUCACGAUACAUGGCCCCAUUCAUUCUUUCCUUUACACAGAUCAGUCGUCCUGGUCCCUUUGCAGAAAAACAGCCCCAAAGCAUGAUGUUUCCACCCCCAUGCUUCACAGUAGGUAUGGUGUUCUUUGGAUGCAACUCAGCAUUCUUUGUCUGGCUUAAGCAGGGGGACACGUCUGGCACUGCAGGAUUUGAGUCCCUGGCGGCGUAGUGUGUCACUGAUGGUAGGCUUUGUUACUUUGGUCCCAGCUCUCUGCAGGUCAUUCACUAGGUCCCCCCGUGUGGUUCUGGGAUUUUUGCUCACCGUUCUUGUGAUCAUUUUGACCCCACGGGGUGAGAUCUUGCGUGGAGCCCCAGAUCGAGGGAGAUUAUCAGUGGUCUUCCAUUUCCUAAUAAUUGCUCCCACAGUUGAUUUCUUCAAACCAAGCUGCUUACCUAUUGCAGAUUCCGUCUUCCCAGCCUGGUGCAGGUCUACAAUUUUGUUUCUGGUGUCCUUUGACAGCUCUUUUUGGUCUUGGCCAUAGUGGAGUUUGGAGUGUGACUGUUUGAGGUUGUGGACAGGUGUCUUUUUAUACUGAUAACAAGUUCAAACAGGUGCCAUUAAUACAGGUAAUGAGUGGAGGACAGAGGAGCCUCUUAAAGAAGUUACAGGUCUGUGAGAGUCAGAAAUCUUGCUUGUUUGUAGGUGACCAAAUACUUAUUUUCCACCAUAAUUUGCAAAUAAAUUCAUUAAAAAUCCUACAAUGUGAUUUUCUGGAGAAAGAAAAUCUCAAUUUGUCUGUCAUAGUUGACGUGUACCUAUGAUGAAAAUUACAGGCCUCAUCUUUUUAAGUGGGAGAACUUGCACAAUUGGUGGCUGACUAAAUACUUUUUUCCCCCACAUCUAUUUGCUCAACCUUGUAAGACUGCGUUGUAAACAUGGCAAAAAUUGAUUAAAAGAUGCAGCAUAUUUUUGUAACCGAAUUUAAAAAAAAAAUAAAAAAAAAAUGCAACUGUUCUUUUGUAAUGUAGAAUCUGGCCUGAAGUAGCUAACGUUCUCAGCUUUUCAUUGGAAACGUUGACCAGUUGAGAACUUGCAAGAAUUUACCCAAUAGAUGGCUUUCCCACGGGGGGCCAGUAUAAAAAAAUAAAAAUAAAAAAAAAUAAAAAAUAAUAUUCACUAACUGUAAGUCGCUCUGGAUAAGAGCGUCUGCUAAAUGACGUAAAUGUAAUGGCUAACAUGGGUCCCCAAAGUUCUUUCUCACAGGAAAUGUAUUCCAGACACAAGUAAGUUGUUGGGUUGUGAGAGAGAACCAUAUGUAGUUUCAGAACAGUAAAUAUAGGCAUGGAGAAAAAAAAAACUCACUUUCAUCGUUGCAGGAAUCCAAUUUCCCUCCUAUGGAACGCAAAGCCGUAACAAAAGCAGACAAGUGAACAAUAAUGAACAGCUUCUACUUCUUUCUUGUCACCAUUGCUAGACAAAUGUAUAUGGAUCAGCCCAGAGACGAAAAAUGCGUCCUUUUGAAGGUUUUCAACGCAAGGCUAUUGUAAUUUGUCCCACGGACGAGGAUUUAAAAGAGCGAACGUUAAAGCGAACUGAUGAGGAAGGGAAGGAUGUUCCCGAUCAUGCUGUAUUAGAAAUGAAAGGUAGGAAAUCCAUGGAUAACAAAAAUUCAAAAACCACACAGACAAUGCAUUUCCUAUGUUUUUUUUGGUUUUAUCGAAAACUUGGAAGAUCCCACCCAUCCCCCGCCCCCCUUCAAAGAGCUAUUUCCACCUAUCAUCCUUCAUUCUCUUAUUUGAACCAUUUCUGUCAUCUUUCUCAUUCAUCUAUUUAGCACUGCAAACUCAGGGUGCAGGGUGACGUCCAUUUCAAGUGUUGGUUUUGAUUCUGACCCUUGAAGGAUGAGAUUUUAAUAGAUGAUCAAUUGAACAUUUUACCAAAACCAUUGGCAGUGCAAUUUCCAGUACCAAGGGAGUGAAAAAAAAUGCUCCAUUUAUUACUUAAGCACUAACUGAGGACAUACGCCCACAGGCUAUGCUUCCGUAGGCUAUGCUUGUGAUUUUCAGUUGCUAACUCUCCCCUAUCUACAUAUUCAUAACUCUCCUUAGUUUUGUUAUUUUUCUAUUUCCUUUUCCUCCCUAAACUGGAGCAAAUUAUCCCGUCCCUUGCUGUAUGUUUUGCUCCAAUUCUGGUAUAACUCUCCUCCACUUCCCUCUUUUCCCUUCCUACCCCUUCCUAGUAUUGUCUAUCAGAUAGUAAUAAUGAUUUUCUUUGUCUUUCGACGGCGCCGCUAUACUCGUCCUGACAACGCCUACCCCUCUGCUUCCUGUAGCCAACUUUGUGCUCCCAGAAGCUGGUGAGUUUCUUGACGAUGUGACCUUCAUCGAGCUGCAACGAGAAGAGGCUGACACGCUGGUAAAGCAGUACAAUGAGGAGGGCCGCAAGGCCGGCCCACCCCCAGACAAACGCUUUGACAACCGCCAAGGAGGAUUCCGUGGUCGCGGUGCACCUUACCAGCGCUAUGACAACCGUGGUGGCCCCCAAGGUGGAAGGGGAGGCUAUCAGAGUCGUGGUGGACCCCAAGGUGGCAACUUCAGAGGAGGUGAGGCAGAAGGUUUCUGCUGAAUUUCUGUGUUUUUUUUUUGCGUUGGUGUGCCUACUUAACUGCCUUCGCUUUACACUUUACAGGGUAUAACCAUGGAGGCUACCAACAGAACCGCUGGGGGAGCAACCGUGAUGGUGCUGCAGGAGGACAACGUGGCUACAACCGCAACCAGCAAUCUGGAGGGGGCUACAAUCAGCACCGCCAAGGACAAUAUAACAAGGGAGCAACUGGGAGUUACAGCCAAGGACAGGUAAACUGUGUUUAAUGGCAUCUCCCUACAUGUGGUUCUCCCUCUGGAAUUUGUUCCUCUGUCAACUCUUCACCACUCCUUCAAACUUUCUGACAUUGUAUGUUUUAAUUUGUAGCCACAGACAUACAAUCAAGGCAACUACAACCAGGGUUACAACUACGGCAGCUUCAGCCAGUACCCAGGUUAUAGCCAGAGCUACAGCCAAACUCCCGCUGCUGCUCCUGCUGCCACUGGACAGACCUACAACCAGCAGUAUCAACAGGUGAGUAGCUAGUUUCUUAGGUUGGCCCAUAUAUCAUGUUCACCUGUCUAAAACUCAGUUCAUAAUGUCUUGCUCUCUCUGAUCCAGUAUGCACAGCAGUGGCAGCAGUAUUACCAGAACCAGAGCCAAUGGAAUCAGUACUACAACCAAUAUGGUAACUACAGCCAGGGUUCUCAGGGCUCCCAGGGCACACAGUAG